GUAAAUACAUAUGUUCUACUAAACAAUCGUGAUAAGGCACGUGUCCAUGACGGAAUGGCUCAAUGUCAGUCCAAUCAUGCCUCGGCACAGUUCAGUCCAGUCAGGAAAUGAAUUUAUCACAAAUCAUUUUUAUAUUCAUCGCGUUGACAGCGUCCGAACAAGUUGGCGAGAAAGCAAUACAAGCCUGCCGAAACUUCGCUCAAACCAUGCUGGAAUGCCGAAAUAUCUUACACCCUGAAGCCAGAGUGAGAAUACCCGUUGAUUAUCUCCUGUAUCCUCAUAUGGUAUUGAUCGGAUUCAGACACGAAAUUACCGAUAGUCCCGCUUGGAAAUGCGGAGGUUCCUUGAUUAGUGAAGUCUGGGUUCUUACUGCGGCUCAUUGCGCAACAGACCCCGAAAAUGGACCAGCCAGUGUGUUGAGAGUAGGUACGGCCACGUUCGAAUUUGACGAAGUAGACGAUUUAGCACAAGAAAGAGAUGUGGCCAAAAUAAUAAAACAUCCAGAAUAUAAACCGCCAUCGAAAUACAAUGACAUAGCGUUGAUGAAAGCCCAACCAAAAUUUAUGUUGUCUAAAGACAUAAGGAUAGCGUGUCUUCAAGUUGAUGAUAAUAUUGGCACUACUAAGCUGACGGCCAUUGGAUUUGGUGUGACGUCAUCGGGUGAUGACACAGGAAGCCAAACUUUGAUGAGGGUUGAUGUGGAACUAGUAAAUAAUACAAUUUGUAAUAGAUCUAUGAGACCAUUGAUUAGGAAGAAUAUUUUAGCGGAUGGUAUUGUUGACAAUCAAAUGUGUGCUGGUGACUAUGAACACGGUGGUAAAGAUACAUGUCAGGGUGAUUCUGGUGGUCCUUUGCAGGUCAUGGAUAGUAGAGUGAACUGUAUUCAUAGUUUCCCAUUGCAUAAGAUUGUGGGAGUGACUUCAUUUGGUAGGGACUGUGGUAGAAAGUGGGCACCUGGUGUGUAUACACGUGUUUCCAGAUAUAUCGGAUGGAUCGAAAGCAUAGUUUGGCCGUGAAAUGAAUGUUAUCAUAGCUAUCGUCAUGGCAAAUGAAACAAUUAGUUUCAACACCUUUUUCUUAACAAAAGCUGAUUACAAGCAUUGUGAAAAUAAAUCGUAUGGAAACAGUAGCAAUUUUUUGCAUAUUAAAAUAUUAUUUUGUUCUACGAUCUGUAUUAUGAUGUCUCUAGGUUUACUUAUAUUUAUCACUAGUAAAUUAUAUAGUAGAUAUGAGAAAAUAAAGGUGUGAAUUGAUUGAACAUGUAUGACCAAAAAUGGAAAGAAGAGAAAAAGAUGCGAAACGUAGUACUUAAAAUAUGAAUAAUUACCUAAUUAAUUUCAAUCUUGUAAUAAAAAGGGAUUUGAUGUAUUUAAACGAAAUUUCCUUUCAAGUUAAUCUCCAUAGAACAAGAGUUAUAAUAAAUAAGUUGAUUUGUAUAAUUUUCUUUAUUGAGUUCGACAGAAAUGAAAAAAAUCUGUAAAAUAUGAUUCCUAAAAAGAAUCCGUUCCCGCAAAAAAGUACCUAUUUCAGUAGAAUGUCCCAGUUGAGCGACAAGAGCAGCUAGGCAAUGCGACGCGACGAAAUGCAUAACAUCUAAUGUUUGGAUGUAUUUACUUACGAUUUAAUUAAAAUUAACUCACUCUUAUCUCGAACGUCUUAGAAUAGAAUUGUGAAUACACACACACAAACAUAUAUAGAUAGAAAAACUUAGGUACUAGGUAUGCGCGCAUCACAAUAGAUAAUGUAAUUACACAGUGUUACGCUAAGUAAAACCGCAAAAAUGCCCAACAUUGAUUUUCAGCCUAGUGGAUUACCUCAGCUCUUUUGUACAUACAUACAUAACAUAAUAUACAUAAAUAACUUUAUAUAGUCUUGAAAGGUUUACUACUAGACUUAAAGUAUAGUCGACUUUUCCGUCGAUAAUCAUACCUGAGUGAAAUUAGUAUAAUAUAUAGUGAAAUUAUCAGAGUAUUUUUCAUUAAUAAAAGUAUUAGUAAUCACUGAUAGCGUCAGGCACCGUUCAGUCGCUCACCUAUACUCCGCCAUCUUGACAAUCUGAUUGAAUACACACAAAAAAAUUAAUAAUGUAAUCUAAAAACUGAAGUGAAAUAUGAAAGUCUGAACCAUUAUUCAAAUCAGAGUUAUCAGGGUUAACACGCCACAGAACAUAAAAGGUAUAAAGAUAAAACAUCCCACUUACAAUUCAAGAGAUACUCGUACAUUCCCGUAUAAAGGAUAAUGCCUCUUACCUGAAACAGAAAGAGCAUUUUAAGUUCUUAUGUCGUGUCUGCGGGGACGUGAGAAAAACAAUGUGAAAAGAUUUUUUUAGUUUCUCUUUAAUAUUUUAUUUUACACGAUUAUUACCUAUAUAGCUUACUUAGGGCCUGUUUCACAACUUUCUGAUUUGAUAUCAUAUUGUAAUCUGACAUAUAAAUUAACUGCCAGAUAAACCUAAGACCUACAUUUGUUAAUUGACGUCUUUGGAGAAAAGGCUGCGGUGGAGUUUGUUGCGCCGCUUUUAAAUAAUCAUUCUUUAAUUAAUUUUAAAUAAUCAUCUUUUUAAAUAAACAUCCUAAAUUGAAUAAAGAAUUUUGAAUUUGAAUUUGACCUGCCUAAUGUGAUUGGCCAGUUAGCCGUAUCCAACACUUGUGAAACACAAUUUUAGCGUUUGAUAUGUUAUGUUUAGGCUAUAUAUAUUAUAUUUUAUCAGAAAGCGGAGCGUUCACGUAGAUUUUCUAAACACAAGUCGAUUAUAUUUGGUUGCUAAGGCCAUCAUCAUAUGACGCUGGCGCUAGUGUGCACGUAAAUAGCGCCUUAAGAAUUAAAUUGCUUACUAAAUAAUCUAAUUUCUUCCUGCGCCAUAAACCAUAUCCCAUGCCACUAAUAAUUAAUGCGAAACUUUGGAUGUGAAUGAGGAUAUUUGUUACUCAAUUACGCUAAACUUAGACGGUCUAAAAACUAGGAUUUCGAUGAAUUUUAGUACACCGGUACAAUUGUACUUUAACCCGGAAUUCCCCCGGAGCGUCUAUAAGUUUCUCCGCAUAAAUAUCAGCCAUUAUGAUUUAUUUAAUUUUUCACAAUAUAAAUCAUCACAGUAUUUCCUCUUUCCAGAAUAAUAAAUAACUAAACAGCGACAUUGUAAAAUUUCCCGCGUUCCGGAGUUUUAAUAUGUGUUGAUACAUUUAUAUUAUUACGGUUUCGGAUUGGUUUCGUGACCCAAAUGCGUUACAUUUUGUUACGAAAUUCGUCUACAUUUUAUGAUAAUCAUUUGUUUUGAUUCGACGUCCUAGGUGAGCGUCAGAAUGAUGUACAACGCGUGGGAUUAUUAUUACAUUUAUAGUUCUUUAAAUACAUAGUAUAAAAUAAUGUUGCGCUCAGCGUCUGUUUUAAAACUUUCUUCUUUUAAAUCUCGCAACGGAUUUUUAUGCAGUUUUCAAUGUUAUUAAGAAAAUUCGUUGCCGAAUGUUCUAUUGGAUUCUGGGCCGGUGGAGGCCGUGCGAAGCCGGGCCGAGUCGCCAGUGGGAAAUGGCAAGGAAGACGAUGGAGAAUGUUUCACCAAUAUACGAGUAUAGUAAGAUCGAAAAUAUUAUGUAUAUAAUGAUAUGAAAUAAUGGAGUGUUGAAAAUCAUAAACACACGUGCCAGCAUCCAAGAUUAUGUGGUAUUCGACUACGACGGCUGGUUGCUUAUCCGCUAAAUCCCGGGCUUAUAAGGCUGCGGCUUGAUUGCUAGCGAGAGCGAAUAUCGCACAUAAUGGACCAUACAAUGUGGGGGCGGGGAGGAGGGAACUGCAAUGUCCUGCAGCUUAUAACGUGAGCACGUAUGCAGAGGUGUUAAGGACGCAUAGAUAUACAUGUGUAUAAAUAAAAAUAUAUAAUUAAGAUAACCUGUACAUGAGUAGAUAUGAACUAAUGUCUGAAACAAAUACAUUUUAUUUGA